GCAAAAGAAGCAUCAACGAUGCCCUUUUCUGCAGUAGUAAUACAUCCUUAUUCUACAUCCAAAACAACACCAAAGUUGUACGAAUUUUAUCAAGAUGCAGUUAAAAAGUUAGCUCAUGAAUUAUUUCAUGAGCACAAACAAGUAGGUGAACAACAAAUGAAAGAUCGUAUUAAAGAAAAAUUAGAUGCUGAUGAACUUUGUGUUAGUAUGCUUCAGAAAUCUGAAGAAAAAGGGUAUUAUGUUAGACGUGUUAAAGAUAGUUUAUGGUCAACAUUUGAUCUAUACAAGUCUAGUAAUCCCGAAGAUAAGAAAGCUGAUACAUAUAUAGCAUUAAUCAUUAAAUCUGUUUUUACAGCCAAAAAAAAACGUACAGCUUCAAACAGUAUUUGGGUUCAAUCAGUUAUUGAAACUAUAUUUGACAAAAAAUAUCUUUCUAUAAAAAUCGAUUCAAAGGAUGACGGAUUCUUGACAUAUUCACCUUUGUCUACGCCUAAUUACAACACACCUGUUGAUAACCCUGUGGAUGAUGAUUAA